GUGUUCGCAUUAACCAGCGGACCUCUUCCAGGCUAAUCGCACAGCACUUAAUAUAUCCCUGUUAACAUACGCAUGACACCAUUGACAUUUUCAGCUUUAGACGGGAAGAGAUUUAGACCAGAAUAGAUUUCUGGAAACAUUUUAGACCAGAAGAGAUUUGUGGAAACCUGGAUGAUAUGGUAAUGUACGCUUUUUGUUCUGGAUCAUAAAUGUUUUAUGAUUCAACCACAGAGCGGUAUUGUUCUUCUAAUACAGUUCCCCUGUUCUCAUUUGAAUGUAUUAUUCAUCGGGUCAUUUUACAUUCGAUAGUCUGUUGCUUAUGUAUUAGCUGGUCAACGCCGUUUAUUGAUGCUUGGAUGUCAGUUACGCAUGACCUCAUGUUUUGGCAAUAACAGUUUUCCAACUGUGAGUGGUAAGUCUCUGGUUUAAAUACAUGUUAAAUCACGAAUGGACAAUACUAGUAUGCAUUGUUUGCGUAUGAAAACAAUGCUACAGGCAUCAAGGAGGUAGACCAGGUAAAUAUCUGGUAACAUUUCUAUGGAAUGUUGCAAUGGAUUUUUAUUAAUUCAUUGAAGACGAAGCUAUUUGUGUGUAUAGAGUUAAAGAGCACGUUGAUGGAGUGAAUUGAACUAAAAUUGAUAGAGGGUGCUAUGAAUGGUGCAAAAUGGGUUGGGUGGAAUUCGUAAUUGUAUACGAUUGUACAACCUCCCAUCUCAAUUGAACGUCGAAGAGUUCCGGAAAUCGGAACAACACAGAAGAGAACACAGCUGUGGUAAAUAGUAAUACCAACAUUCUCGGAUUUACGAAAAAAAAUAAAAUAUCGUGAGAUUUUAAUUGAUCAUCACCAAUGAUCACCGGGGUUGCUUGAAAUUGCCCACAUUGUAUCCAUUCAUACUGGUAGAUUCGUAGGGAGAGGGAACUCUAAAUGAGUUAGCCUCGUGAGUAUUUUCCUUCGUUUAAAAAAUACAAUGCUUGAUAUAAGAGAUAUAGAUAACACUUCCCAGUAAUCUGCUAUAAUAUUGAGAACUCACAGUUACAAUAUAUUUAUGUUAGAUAAUGAAAUAAAAAAAACAUUAGUAAACUAUACAGUCAUGCAUUUGUUACGUUUAUUACCCAGACGCGCGGAGAACUGUUCCUGCUGCGAAAGACAUGUUUGUGUACUGUCUCUACGUUACAUGGGGAUAAUCAUCUAUCAGAUUACCAAUAUUGCCCUUUAUAUACAGAAUGCAACAAAGCUCCUGCAUUUCCAGCAGAGGGCAGCUCUGUCUGCAUAGAUGAUGAUUUCCCCGAAUCAAUUUGUGUUCAAGGCAAAGAAAGUAAAAUAAUGUAACUGCGUAAUGAAUCCAUUCCGAAUAACUGAUUCCAAAAUUACGCACGAUCAUUAUAGUUAUAAAACAAAAUGUCGCACUUCUGCUUCCAUUAAUUAUAUUCAGUAUUUAUUAAACCGGAUGCAAUAACGGUGUAAACAUUUAAAUCAAUUAUGUUUUUUUUAUUAUUUUCCAGCGCUGAUUACCUGCAGGGCUCUUCAGCGAUGUGAAAGAAAAACGGACAUUUAUGCGUUCUGAGAGUCUAAACCAUGCUCACGUGGUGAUUUCUCUAUAGCACACAUACACGCACACACCACAAACGACAUACUACAUAAUCCCACACACACACACACCCUCUCUCUCUCUCUCUCUCUCUCACACACAAAGAACGCCAUGUGUUGAAUACGGAUUUAUUUCGUCAUCAAUAAAAUUCGACCGAAUAGUGAAUCCUUCUGCUAGUCCAAAUGGGAGUUAUGGCGCAUGUAACCUGCGGCGAGCAGUGUAAUAUGGUAGUGUUAAUAUAAGCAAGAUAUGACAUUAUGCAAACUGCGAAAGGUGAUGUGUUCAACUUGCGUGAGGUUAUUACACAUUGUUUUUCAUUGUUGUUAUUGACGGCCAUUUCUCCGGUAGAGAUUCUUUCAUUCUGUACGAUGGAACUGAACAAUGCCUUCAGGAAAAAUAUGAAACCGACGUUUUUAUACCGAUGGAAGUAACGUGAUUUUCCGCAGAUGGCAACGUUUCGGUUCGACUUAUGGGAUCAUUUUAGUUUUGAAUGUUUUAUAUGUAUUAAUCAUGAAGAACAAUUUUCAAACCAAUUAGUUGAAUAAACGUCAAUGGUGACAUUUUUAGAUGGAAAUUAUGUUACAGCUGUACCUAAUAAUUGAUCUGCUUUUUAUUUUAUCUAAUGUGCUUUUGCGAAAGUAAUUUAUGAAAACCCUUCCUUUUUAAUUGAACACCUUUAAAUAUGUGAAGGAAAAUCUGCUUUAAGAAAACCACGAUGUAGUCAGUGGAUGUGUCUCUUUGUUUCGCUGUCCGCCAAUAAGAAGCUAUGACGCUGCGAGGGAUCGACCCUCCGCCAUAAUUAUCAAACACAGAAUGAAUCUCCGGCAAAGAGACGCGGUGACUGCGUUUACAGCAUACAGCUGUGAUCAGUUAAAUUGGGUGAGGUUUUUUUUAAUUUGCUUUUGUGUUCAGAGUUAAUAUAUUUAUAGCAGAUCCUCGUACUGGCCUAACUCGGUGAACAAAUCGUGUGUUUCCGAUUCGGAUAUCAGUAAAAUACAUACACUCUCGCAAUGGCGAACGUGGACUGCACAGCACUCUGUGUUGUAUUGUUACUUCGUCUCACCGGUUUGGUUUGCGGACAAACAAAAUACUCUAUUCCCGAAGAACUGGAGAUCGGUGCCUUUGUCGGAAACAUUGCUGAGGAUUUGGGGAUAAAUGUUCGUGAAUUAUUAGUCCGAAGACUGCAACUGCUUCCUCGUGACAUGAACCAUUAUUUCGCGGUAAAUACACAGACCGGAAUUUUAUCUGUCAACGAGAGAAUCGACAGAGAACAGUUUUGCAUGGAAGCAUCGACAUGCUCCAUUUCGUUGGAUCUCGCGGUGGAAAAACCUGAUGUCAUUUUUCCAGCGGAGGUGGAGAUAUUAGAUAUAAACGACAAUUCGCCGAUGUUCACAGCCGACGUCAUUUCUUUGCAACUGUCUGAAUUACUUGCACCGGGAGCGCGCUUCCCUCUCGAGAGCGCGCACGACCCGGACGUUGGUUUAAACUCUGUCGCUAAAUACCACCUGAGCCUUAAUGAUUUUUUCAGCAUUAAAGUUCAUACAAGAAAAGAUGGAAGUAAAAUCGUGGAUCUAUUUUUAGAGAAAUCCUUAGACCGCGAAAAACAUCCGUCUUUUGAAUUAGUAUUGACGGCUGAAGAUGGUGGGAUCCCGCACAGGUCCGGUACUACAAAGAUAUUUAUUAUUGUUACAGACAUAAAUGACAAUGCACCUGCAUUCGAUCAAAGCAUAUAUAAGAUUACCGUAUUAGAAAAUGUACCCGUAGGCACACUGCUGAUAAAAGUACACGCAAUUGAUUUAGACGAAGGUUCUAACGCAGAGUUCAAAUAUUCUUUUGGUAAUUACGCCUCACAAAAAGUACGGACGUUGUUCAAUUUGGAUGCUGAAACGGGCGAGAUCAAAGUUGCAGGUUUAUUGGAUUUUGAAACGGCAUAUGAAUAUGAACUUGAUGUACAAGCUGUGGACAACCUGCCAAACGUGGGACAUGCUAAAGUUCUGGUUAGUAUCGUUGAUGUGAAUGAUAAUGCUCCCGACAUUAAGCUGACUUCAGCAAGGAAAGUGGUACUAGAGGAUGCAGUAACAGACACUGUAAUUGCUGUUUUUGAAGUAACCGAUAGGGAUUCUGGAGAAAACGGGCUCGUUCAGUGCCAAAUUCCAGUCAAUAUUCCAUUUAAGAUGGAACCGACUUUGCCUAAUCACUACAAAAUUAUGACCAGCAAGAAACUUGACCGUGAAACAAUCUCAGAGUAUAACAUAUCCAUUUCAGCACGCGAUGCUGGCUCGCCUUCACUUACUACAAUUGAAACCAUCACAGUUUCAGUAUCUGAUAUAAAUGAUAACGUCCCACGUUUCUCCAAAUCUUCAUACGACAUAUAUUUAAUGGAGAACAAUUUUCCGGGCGGUUCUGUUUCUUCGGUUACCGCUGUGGAUCCUGAUCUGGACGAUAAUGGAAACGUGGCCUAUUCUAUUCUGGAUGACAAACUCGAAAACGUACGCGACGCUUCCAACUUUGCAAUAAAUUCGCAACGCGGGAGCAUAUUUGCUCUGCGUUCUUUUGACUAUGAACAAACGAAGAAUUUCCAAAUAACAAUUUUAGCUCGUGAUGCUGGAUCCCCGUCACUAAGCAGCACUGCUAUUGUGAGAGUUAUUAUCUUGGAUCAAAACGACAAUAUUCCUUUUAUAAUUUCGCCAGCCACGUGGAACGGUACCGCGGCUUUCGCCGCUGUACCGCGCUCUAUAUAUCCAAACUACUUAGUCACCAAAGUAGUCGCAAACGACGAAGAUUCAGGGCAGAACGCGCGGCUUUCCUAUGAGAUUACAGAGGCCACUGAUCGCAAUCUUUUCACCAUGGGUCUUCACAAUGGAGAAAUCAGAACAACCCGAACUUUCACAGAAGGCGAUGGCCCCACACAGAAAAUUGUGGUCUUAGUGAAGGACAAUGGUCAACCAAGUCUUUCAAACACAGUUACAAUCAGUUUAUCAAUCACUGCGAACAGUACCGAAAGCCCUUCGGAGCGUACAAUUCAACAGAAAAAUGUGGAACAUUUUCCGGAUCUCAAUACAUAUUUAAUAUUAAUUCUAGGAUCAACCAGCCUCUUGUUUCUCGUAAUAAUCAUCUUAUUGGUGGUCUUCAAAUGCAAACAAGAUCGGAGUAAUGCUAUUUACCAGAGCUCUGCAACGUAUUGUUGCUGUAUGCGGAGAAAUUCCGAUGUCGCAUUUCAGGGAAGACCUGUCCCAAAUGAAUCACUAAAUUAUUAUAGAGCUGGGCAGGUGCAGGCUAAUUCAGAUCCUUAUCAAUAUACGGUUCGAUUAGCGCCGGAAUCGUCCAAGAGCGAUUUCCUGUUUCUAUCGACUUGCCAUCCGACAUUGCCACUAAAUGACAUCAGCACGGAUGAUUUAGCAUUUAAGUAGGCUGUUGGAGUGCAAUUUCACUUUGUGACUGAUGGGUUAAAUGCAGAAAAAUGCUUAAUAUAAUUCAAAAUAUAAUGUUGUGUGUUGUAAUCAUUUUUCUUCGUGGCGCUCUAUUGCCCCUAGCAAUAGUCAUUGGAUAUUUCCGAAUAAUGUUAUAUCUCGCUGGCUUCUAGAUUUAAUCUGCUGUACCUCGGAGUAAGUGUUCGUCUUAUAAUGUUAAACGUUUGGCCUCAUAGUUUGUGCCGAGUGUAUUGGAAUAAAUAUUGUCCUUCAUGCAUGAGCACAAAAUAAUAUCCUGGUUAACAUUACAGGACGGUUACCAUUGCGCCAUAAUGAAUCAGAGAUGAUUUGGCGUGGGGGAGGAUUUUCUUAGGGUGCAGAACUUUACUUCUGUGGAAGUACAGAACAUUUGAGAAAGGUGGGCCAUUUGACAUUUCCAGUGAGCUCAAUAAUAUCACAGAUGACCAUCAAUAUUUUGUUUUCUCCCUCUCCUCAUACAUAUUGUUGCAUUUCCUGUUAAGAUCUGUCUUUUUCUGAAGCAGAUUCAACGAUUUGGCAUCGUCAACUACGUGUGAGAGAGAACACCACAAUAUCCUUAUGUAGUGAGCGAAACAUUCCCCUCGUGGCUAUCUUAAAUGUGCGACUCCGUCUCUUAAGUGAUGAAUGGGCUUGUAUUUUCUGAAGAAAGCACAUCCAAGGAGAUUUACAUAUGUACAUAUUGACACUGCUCUUGGGUGGGCUGAACCGAAAUAAUCUAUCGCCGAAAGCAUAGAGGCAGUAAAUGGACAAUGUUGAAUUAAGAUACUCAAUGAAAAGAGCAGAUAGAUUUAUGUACAAAAUUCAAUGCGUGCCGAGGCUGGUAAUUAGGGACUAGACCAUAGAUGAAAAAAGAAAACGGCACAAGAGAAUGAUUAAAUCAGAAGAGACAGGUUGGGAAAUGGUAUUAACCCGUGCCCACUUUUGACCAGCAUGCAAAUUCGCUUUGUGACUGAAAAUGGGAAAAUAUUUAUUAUAAUUCAAUAGAGAAUUGUAUGUGUUGUAAUUAUUCUUCAUAUUGUUCUUAUUAAUAAUCAUUAAAUCCCGUGAUUUGGUAUCUCACUGGCUUCUGGUCCACACCUGCUGUACCUAGGAAUAAGUAUAUAGUACCACCAUUGUAGUAUUUUUCACGUAAUUGUGUAAUUGUUCUAUUAGGUGAUAAAUAUGUUCCUUCCUUCGUGAGCCAUAGAAAAUCUCGUUAGCAUAUUGCUGGAAGACUAUCAGUCAUGUCGACCCUGGAGCCAGUUUAAGAUUAUCAUGGAUGAGCAUCCUCCUCGUAGAUGUUAUGACGUUUGUCCGGAAAUUUGACUGUUUCCUUCUCAAGUAGAUUCGACUUGGACUAGACAGUUAUCUCGAUAGAGAACGCCAAAGGAUUCUUGUGUUAUGAUCCUCACUAUUGUCUUAAAUUUACAAUUUCGUCUCUUACGUGACUUGGAUUGUGCUUUCCGAAUAAAACACAUCGAAGUAGAUUUAAAGAUAUGUGCAUUGAUGCUGUUCCUGGUUGUCUUGAAAUGGAAGAAUCUGUAGAUAUUCAGUAUUUAGUGAACGUUGAAUUGCGAUAAUGAAUGAAAGGAUUAAAUUGAAUUAAGAAUGUUAAAUACGAUAACUGGUGGAGUUCUGGGAAUUAGUGACCCGGGGGAUGGUGGAAAAGUAAGCCUUCCAUCAAUUUUAAAAGUACCAGAUUCGACCUGAAGAGUGGAUCUGGGCAGUGGGAUUAACCGGUGUUCAGUUUUUGGCCAGCAUUUGCAUGAAGGUUCAGUAAAUUCCGAUAUUUCUUUAGUGAAUCUUGUGAAAUGCUUAAUUUGAAGUAUAAUCUCUUAUGAAGGGAGGGAUGGCAUUCCAUUCCCCCUUUUAAUAUAAAAAUUAUUCGAAGAAGACACAUUUUGUAAAGAAAGAAUGGUCAUUAAAAUAUGCA